UCUAGCACUAAAAUAUAUCCGAGAAGGACAGCUUCACUAGGUUGACUGUUUCUGUUGAAUUAACCCUGUUCGUCACUGAUAAGUGGUCGACAGGUGGCGCAUGGCGGAAGAAGUUGGGUUAACUGUGUUCAGUUUAUUUUUUGAAACAGCACAACCAAAAUUAGAAUUAGAACAAUUGUUGUUCACACAGGAACAUCAGCUGUACGAUCUGGAUUACUGACCCAAUUCACUGUACAUGGGAUGACAGCAACGACGACACAACACAUCACCGCGACCGAUUGAAGCGCAAGACCGUUUCCUUUUCCGUGACACAGGCAGACGAAACUGUGCAAGGGACCUGGUGUCGUUACACAGAAAGCUCCACCAGCCGAUCGGCCUAGAAGCCAGAACAGCACUGACUGCUAUUGACUGCAGCAACUGAGAGAGAGAGAGAGAGAGAGAGAGAGAGAGUAAGAGGAGGAAGAAACUGCUAUCGAGAGAGAGAAUCUGGUCUCCGCAGAUGUAAGGGGCUCUCAGUUACAGAGAUCGUUGUUCUGCCAAAGCUUCUCAAGGGAAAAAUAGCCAUUGAAAAGUCCGUAGUGGCUGAGCUGUCGUCAGCCUAGGUGACCAAGUGCACCUGAGCGUUACUGCUGCUGCGCACACUCACAGUCCCCACCACCUUCUGGGCAUUUACUGUGCAGUAAAAAAGGAAAUCCACAGGGUUGUGACUUCAGCAAGGAGGAAAAAACGUGACUCAACCCCUCUCAUUUUUUGGUCCGGAUAGUUUUUUUUUUUUUUUAAAGCUUUUUUGGUUUGUUUUGGGUUCUUAUCUGGGAGAGGAAAAACAAGCACACGAGGCUCUAUCACUGUUUGUGGAUUUGAGACUGUUUGAGCUGUUCAUUGUAGCAAAGGAGGAGGCUGCUAGUGCUCGAGUGUCCAUGUGCAGAAAUGCAGAUUCACAAAUGGAGGCAGACCAUACAGAGUAGUGUUUGAGCAGCUGAGCCUGUGAAGGGCCCGGAGGCGGCCAUGUUGGAUCUCUUCCUCAGAGUGCUGGUGUUGACUUGUCUUCACCCGUUUCUUCACAGCACCUCACUGCCAACCUAACUCCACUCUUCCUUUUCCCACAUCUCUUUCUUCCACAGCCUGGCUGUUAGAAAGGCCCUUGGUCUUUGUGGAAAAUGUCCUAUGCACACCACAAGCUGCUCACUUGGAGUUUACCUCACCUCCUCCUCCUACCGUUGACCUACCUCUGGGUCUUGGCUUCUCACACAGGCGUGUCAGCAGAUCUCUGCCGGGUGACCGGCGGGGUGCUGGGGAUCCACUGGAGCAGUGUCAUCAACCUAGGUUGGCACCCUCUGGCAGGCGGAAGAGGCGGGGCGACAUGUUGGGAGUCCUGCUGCUUAAAGCCAGGCUGCAAUGCUGUCUGGAGCCUUGGUGGGCGCUGUGUGCUUCUCAGCUGCUCCCGUAAGGCAGGCUGCCCCAUCUCCUCCUUGCCCCAGCCCCACCAGGAGUCCCUGGGCCUCCUUCAGCUUCUCUCUAAGGAUCCCAUCAUAGUAAGACGUAGAAAGGCUCGUCAGGUAGAGCACGCCGGAAGCUAUGAACCACACACCAGCACGGAAAGUCCUGAACUGGAAACGGCCUACCCAACACCAACGAUCCCCAGCACCGUCACAUUUCAGACAGCCCACAAGAACGUUAGCCAGCCAGUCAAUGGGAGUUCAUUCAUCUCUCCUGCGCCAUCACAGCAGAACUCAACGGUGGAUGAUACUGCUGCGUCUUCCAGUAGCGCUGCCGUCAGCUCAACCACAGCCUCUGCAAUUGCCAUAGUCACAACUCCAAGACAGGCCGUGAGAGAGCUGGUGGUGUCUGCAGGGGAGAGUGUGGAGGUCACACUGCCACGCAACGAGGUCGAACUCAAUGCCUAUGUGGUGCCCACACCUCCGCCAGGGACAAACUAUGCAUUUGACUGGCGUCUGAUAACUCAUCCCAAAGAUUACAGCGGGGAGAUGGAAGGAAAGCACAGCAAGACACUUAAACUAAGCAAGCUGACUGUGGGCCUGUAUGAGUUUGAAGUGACAGUGGACGGAGAGGGGGCUCAUGGAGAAGGUUACGUCAAUGUCACAGUAAAACCCGAGCCACGGGUAAACAAGCCCCCCGUUGCUGUAGUUUCCCCAAAGUUCCAGGAGAUUUCCUUGCCAACCAGCUCUACGGUGAUCGACGGCAGCCAGAGCACUGAUGACGACAAGGUGGUGGCGUGGCACUGGGAGGAAGUUAAAGGUCCACUGAGGGAGGAGAAGGUCUCUGCUAACACCCCCGUCCUCACCCUCAGUGGCCUGGUGCCUGGGAACUACACGUUCAGUUUGACCGUAACAGACUCGGAUGGAGCCACAAGCUCAACACAGGCCACCCUCUCCGUCAACAAAGCCACGGACUACCGGCCUGUGGCUAAUGCCGGCCCUAACCAGGUCAUCCAGUUGCCACGGAACGCCAUCACUCUCUAUGGCAACCAAAGCACAGACGACCAUGAUUCCCUGUCCUACGAGUGGUCCCUCAGUCCCGAGAGCAAAGACAAGGUGGUGGACAUGCAGGGUGUACGGACACCCUUCCUGCAGCUGUCAGCCAUGCAGGAGGGGGAUUACACCUUCCAGCUGACUGUGACAGACUCAGCUGGACAGCAGGACACCGCCCAGGUCACUGUCAUUGUUCAGCCAGAAAACAAUAAAGCACCAAUAGCACAUGCAGGACCAGAGAAAGAGCUGACGCUGCCAGUCGACCGAACCACGCUGGAUGGCAGUAAGAGCAGCGAUGACCAGAAGAUCAUCGCCUACCACUGGGAACAAAUAAGUGGUCCUGAUGGUGUGAAGAUCGAGAACGCAGACAGUGCUGUUGCCACGGUGACAGGCCUCAAGGUCGGCAGGUAUGAGUUCACCCUGACAGUAACUGAUGAGAGGAAACUGCAUGGUAUCGACACUGUCACGGUCAUCGUCAGAGAAGAACUGGACCAGCCGCCAGUGGCUCAUGUUGUGUCGAGUCCACCCAUCACACUUCCUGUCAGGACUGCCACUCUGGAUGGAUCUCGCUCAACUGAUGACAAAGGUGGAAUCAGCUACCUGUGGACUAGGGACGACAGCAGCCCCGCCGCUGGGGACGUCCUGAACAAUUCUGACCACCAGGCAGUGCUGAUUUUGGGAAACCUGGUGGAGGGCAAGUACAGCUUCACCCUGACUGUAACUGACAGUAAAGGACAGAGUGACUUGGGCAGCGGCACAGUGGAGGUCAAGCCAGACAUAUGGGAGCGUGACCUGGUGGAGCUGGUGUUGGAGGUCUCUGUAUCCCAGGUCACCCACCGUCAGCGUGACAUGCUGCUGCGCCAGGUUGGAGUCUUACUGGGCGUGCUCGACAGUGACAUCAUUGUGCGUGACAUCAGUGCAUUUAAUGAGCACAGUACUCGCUUGGUCUUCCUGGUGUCAGGCGGUCCAGGGCGCCCUCCUCUGUCUGGCCACAGUGUUGCACUUAGUCUACGAAACAAACUGCACAAACAGAAGAAUGACUUUCUCAUCUACAAGGCCCAACGAGUGGAUACAGUCAUCUGCCAGCUGAACUGCUCCAGUCACGGGGAGUGUGACUCAUUCACACGACGAUGUGUCUGUCACCCCUUCUGGAUGGAGAACUUCAUCAGAGCUCAGCUUGGAGAUGCAGAGAGCAACUGUGAGUGGAGUGUACUCUAUGUGACUAUAGCAUCCUUUAUGAUUGUGGUUGCAAUAGCAACUGCUGUCUGGGGGAUUGUGUGUUGUUGCAAGAGGAGAAAGAACAAAGUGCGCAGAAGCAAAAGCCGAUAUAAAAUAAUAGAAGCUGAUGAGCAAGACAGUCUGGAGUUACAACCACCUAGAGCUGCCCGCAUGAAGCCAGUUCCCGCUCCCACCUCCUCCGCUCUCAUGCGCUCGGACUCUGACCUGGACAGCGACGACGGGCAGGGUGGGGUCCCGUGGACAGAGCAGGAGUGUGGGCAUCUCCUGCGUCCCCAGAACGGCUCCCUGAGGAAUGGCCAGGUGCCAGUGAGGAGCAUGAAGCAAAGAGAGGAGCUGCUAUAGCGAGAGAGGAGGAGGGAGCUCGCUGCUGCCCUCGCACACACCUCCUCCAGCCGUCACCCCCCCACCCCCUGUUCCUCAUGCUUCCUCUUACUGUUUUGCUUCUUUAACA